AAUGGGUAGUUUUCCAAACUUCGGAGCAUUCAUACUUCGAGCACAAGAGAAAGACGGAAGAACUUGUAUAAAUGGCUUACCGGUCGCUUCUCCAGCCAAACAAAUGCUCGGAAGAUUUCCAUAUUUGCAAUCUCUUCAACAUGAUAAUCUAUCGGUUUACCUUCAUUUCUCUGAAACCGUUAUUGCUCGCGAUUUGGUUAUUGUCGUGAUGGAGCAUUACACUAUGAAUCUUGAAGAUAUAUUGAAAACUGGAAAUUUAAAAGAUGAAAGUUUAAACAAUAAUUUCUACUCUGAAAUAUCAUCAGCACUCGAUUAUCUACAUACACGAAAUAUUGUACACGGAUUUCUUCAUCUUAAUUCAAUAUAUAUCACCGAUCGUAAAAAUCAGAAAUUAUCAGUGAAACUUUCUGGAUAUGGACUACCGUUUUUAACAAAUUACGGUAAGGAUACCGCUUCAUCGAUAAAAUUUGGCGCAUUUUUGGCUCCGGAGAGAAUAUUGAAUGAUGAGGAUUCUUUAUUUGCCGCCACUUAUCAAUCAGAUGUUUGGGAAUUGGGAUUUAUUAUUUUACAAAUUUAUUUGGGAAUCUCACUGGAAGCCGAAGUUACUGAGACGGAAUACUUGGAAAUACUCAAUAAAUACUACACAGAUGAUCAGGAGAAGCUUAGCACUGUCAUGGAGGAUCUUAUUCAACUAUUAGCUGAUAAAAAGCGACUACCAUAUCACAAAAAAUGUGAAUGGCUGGAAGCAAUUAUUCGGAAAUGUCUUCAAAUGUGCUGCUCCAAACGAUGUUCUAUAACAGAAGUGGCUGCUGAGAUUGAAAUAAAUAUUAAUGGAGUGAAGAAUAACAAUAAUAAAUAUGAAUAUAAAGUGAAAACGGUGGAAGAAAUGCGUGCAGCCGUUAGAAAAGAAGUAGCAGAUAAUAAUGAUGGAUUUGAAAAGUUAUCAGUUGAAAAUUCAUUUUAUUUAUGGAAAACCUGCGGAUCAACACCGGAAAUAAUUUUGCUCAAGAAAGGAAUAAUACAGAAUCAUGCUCCAAUAUCAUCUUAUCCAACAGUUCGAUUUGAUGAUUUUUUACGAUUAGAUUCAGGAGUUGAUAGUCAAUCAACUUUUGAAUAUGGGGUUUUUGAUCUGCCGAGUAAGAAAACUUUGACUCGAAAAGAAACCGGUCAGAGGGUGUCUGCACGAAUGUUUCACAAAAUUGGCAUUCUAGAGGACAAGGAUCUUCUGAACGGAAAUAUUCUCUAUGAAACAGCUUCAAAUAUGCUCACAGUUGAUCAUCUUUUGAAUGCUUCGGCAGUUUUUGGAAUAUCCUCGAUUAUAUCUCGACUUACAAAUAUUGGUGUCAUUCCUACCCAAAGAGCCGAUGUCUGGUGCACACUAUUGGAUAUAAACGAAACAAAAUGGCGUGAUUAUCUGAAUCUUGAUGUUCUCGCAUCACAUUCCAGUGAUCGUCAGCUUGAAGUGGAUAUUCCACGUUGUCAUCAAUAUGAUAGUUACAUGACAACUCCAGCAAUUCAAGAAUCACUUCGAAAAGUUCUGAAAGGAUGGCAAAUUGUCACGGAAUCUCAACAUUUUGUCUAUUGGCAAGGAUGUGACAGUUUGGCAACUCCAUUUUUAUUAGCGAAUAUGAGUAAACCUCAUGUAGCAUUCGCCUGUUUCAAAGAAUUCACAUAUCGAUAUUGUCAUAAAUUUUAUUUGAAAGAUAAUUCGGAAGUGAUCAAAGAAUAUCUUGGCAUCUUCUAUCAUCUCGUUGCAUACACAGACCCAGUCCUCUACAAACACCUGAAAAUCAAUGGAUUCGACGCUGAACUCUUCGCAAUUCCAUGGUUCUUAACAUGCUUUGCCCAUGAGCUUCCACUAUCCAAACUUGUACUUCUUUGGGAUGAAACAAUGAUGCAUGGAAAUGCAUUCCCAUUAAUGAUUGCUCUUGCCAUGUUGAACCGUCUCAGAGAUAAACUUUUGGCUGUGAAUUUCAACGAAAUGAUUAUCAUAAUUCAUGAUCAACCUGAUUUGUCUAUCGAUGAGAUUAUAAAAAAUUCACGUGGAUAUGAGAAGCUCAUCCCUCCAAGUUGUACGUUCCGCGCCCAUGCUAGUCCAUGGAAAGAAAACUAUGCUGGGGACAUUUAUUGUCUUCCAAAUUCUAUGGCAGGCCUUUCACUUCAACAACUUUCCAGUAUUCAUUGUCCACGAAUGUCAUCAGAAGAGUUAAUAUGGAGAAUUGAAAGAAAAAUGGUUUAUGUGCUAGACACCCGGCAGGAAUCAGAAUUCCAAUCCGAGCGAUUCUCCGACUCUUUUAAUCAUCCGAACAAUAACCAUGAAGCUGACAUCGAUUGGCUCAGAUUCCUGCCAGGAAUUGUUUGCAGUGAACUGCCAAAGUGCUUCGUGUAUGGAAAGAAUGACAAAGAAGCUGCCGAGCGUCUAACCGAAGCUUAUGUGAUGAAAGGAGUUCCAUAUAUUUGCCUACUUCAUGAUCAUUUUGAAGCAGUUAGAAAUCGUGAUUCAGUUGUUGUGAAGCCAUAAUCAAUUUUUUAUUUAAGUUACGGGUAUCAAUAUUGUGAUUUUGUCAUUUCUGUAGAGUUUAUUAUCGAUUUUACGGUUUUUAUUGGAAUAAUUUAUAAGCAUUAAAAUAAAAUAAACAUAAUU